AUGACCGACGCCAAUAUCCGCAAGCAGCUCUGGGAAGGCCACGUGCCAGUGUGUUUCUCCAUUGAUGCAUCGGAAAUCACGACGCUCCAAGUUCCUCGUCCAUACUACGCAAUGGUUCCGCGCGUGAGUUCACUCAUGUGUGCUGCAACGGAUGCCGUAAUCAACCACUUCAAAGACGUUGCGCCCCCCAUGCUCUCAAGCCAGCUUUCUCGCUACGUUUGGUUCGAGUUCAAGGGAUUGCCGCUUAAAUGGCACUUGCCGUUUGGUGUCCUUUACGACCUGCAUGGUGAUGACAUGCUGCCGUGGGAAGUCACAGUGCACUUUCAAGGCUACCCAUCGCAACAUUUGCUGCCAUGCGACAACCUGCAGGCCGUCGAAAUGCACUUCAUGAACAGCUACAAGCAAUCCAUGUUUUUGCUGUACGGCAGCACGAAAUGGAUCAUGAACUUGCCGCAGCAAAAGCACACGCAACUGUGGGAAGGCCACGUCAAAAACGACUUUUCGAUGUUCGAGUCCGUCCACGCCACCCUCGUGCCAUCGUCCGAGCCCAAGCGUCACGUGCCGCUACGAGUGCUGCUUCCCCACGAGCCCACGAUUCAAUUGCCCAUUUCACCAUGUUAGACAUCCAUGAUGACGUUAUCCUUCCGACGGAAGAUUGAGUUUGGUCACUGCAUGUAGCGUUGACCAGUGUCCGCGACGUCCUGUCGCAUCUGCUGCCGGACAUCGACUUGGACGCGGCCGCCGUCCGCCUGCACGGCAUCGACGUCGAACUGGAGCUGUCCAUGAGCGAAUUGUACAGGCACUUUGCCUACCCCGAUGGUUUUUUGUACAUUGCCGUCGUUGCUUAAGUUAAUCUUGUGUUUGGUCUUGCUAAACUAGUAAUACUAGUAGUAGUAGUACUACUA